ACGCGCUGCCCGCGGCGCAGGUCGACGGCGUGCGACUGGAUGACCUUCUCGAUGAACGUCUGCGGCACGCCGGCAGCGCUCGCCGGCAACGCGGCAUGCGUGGCAAGCCGACGCACGGGACGUGCACUGGCCGUGCGCAGUGCGGCCGCAGUGGGGCGCGAGAAGGUGCGCAUCGUGUGUGAGGAUGAGGGGUGAGAAGAAAGUGGGGGGUGCAGGGCGCGCGAGGGUUUUGCCGCGCCGCCAACCGCGCUUCCGCCGCCUCGCCCGCUGCUCCCGCGCCGGUCGGAGCGAACCACGCGCCGCGCUUUCUCAGCGGGCUGCCGUGGCUGCCUGCCUCUUCGGCCGUCAACGAGCCCUUGACGCUCCUCUGCGAGCUGCUUUUGCACGCAAUAUCUCGCGGCUGGUGACGCGCAGGGGGCGCCGGGCUCUCACACCCCGCUGCUGUCCACUGACGGCCGGCACGGAGCUCAAGGCACGUCGUGUCGCUGGGCUGGGCGUGCGAUGCCCUCCUCCGACAAGCAGCUCCUGUCCCUGGCCAGGCAACAGUCGGUAGUCUGAGACUCUGGAGUGCGUGUAUGUGCGUGACAAGAGUGUGGAUAUC